AUGGCUACCAGACAAACCACCGCUGCAGCUACGACCGCUAUUCCAUCCAAAGACAUCCCCAGUCAAAUGGCCCACCUCGAAGCACAGAUACAGGUCAAGGAUCUACUAGUUACCCUGAUGGCAGCCCAGACCAGAAUCCCGUCCACACCACCGGUGGACAACCCCAUACCCACAACAGUUCAAUUGCCGCCUCUUCGGAACACUCAUUCUCCAUCGAUUCCAAGAUCAUCACGAAUGCUCACCGAGGACCCUCCGAAUUGCUAUAAGAAAUCAACCAUCUCUGAGAAAAUCCUUCCUCUCAGCGAUGGGGUAGAACAUACCUUCCUACAAUGGAGCGCUUCGAUUCGGGACCGAGUCGUAGUUAAUGAGGACCACUACCUUACUGACGUCUCGAGAAGAGCGCUGAUAUGGGGAACUACGACCGGUCUGGCGAAGACCUACCUAGAGCCCCAAUACCUGUCUGCUACGCAUGGGUUCCGCAGUGCUGAGGAGAUGAUGGAUCUACUAAGCUCAUACUACCUCACAGGCAAUGAGACGGAACAGGCCAGGAACCUCUUCGACGACCUGCAAAUGGGAGAGAAAGGGCAUGCUAGCGAAACCUUCCCAGAGUUCAAGGCUUGUUUCCAAAGUGCAGCUAUCACAGGACAAGUCUCCGAGUCAGAAUGGUUUCGGUACAUGUGCAACAAGUUGACUCCCCAAUUCCGCAGCCGUGUCGCGAUCAUCAAAAACCAAUGGAAUGGAGACUACCAGACCAUGGUACGAGAACUUACCACCUUCGAUCAGGAACGGCGCCGGAACAACGAAUUGAAUCUGCUAUCCGCUCUCGCAAAGACGUCCACACGGAACUGUUUCAAGUGUGGCAAGCCCAGCCAUUUCCAGGACAAAUGCCCGCUCAAUGCUACUGUCAAGGAAAUCGACCGUAACGACCCCAAAGCAGAAGAACAAUGGGAGGAAGCCGUGGAACUUCAAUCGGAUGCGUCCCUCGAGGAAAACGACGAGGCCUAG